CCCCGGAGCCGCGGUGUCGGAUGGGGCCGCGCCCGCAGAAACCAUUGACAUUCAGGGAUGUGGCUAUAGAGUUCUCUCUGGAGGAGUGGGAAUGCCUGGACCAGUCCCAGCAAGAUUUGUACAGGGAUGUGAUGUUAGAGAACUAUGGACACCUGGUUUCCUUGGGUCUCAGUGUAUCUAAGCCAUACCUGAUCACCUUACUGGAACAAAAUCAGGAGCCCUGGAACUCUCAGAGAGAGAAGGUGGCCAGACACCCAGGUAGGUGGGACUGA